UCUUUAUUAUUCUAGCAUCACGGCAGCAGGUUCCGGCUAAGUUUGGAGUUUAUAUCACAACUGUAUGCCUGCUUGAAUUAGUUAAACCAGGGCACUGCAGCACAAGGAGUCUGCAUGUCGGUAUAGACAUGCUCAGCUUUGUGGAUACCCGGAUUCUGUUGCUGCUUGCAGUGACUUCAUAUCUAGCAUCAUGUCAAUCAACACCCAGGGGACCAAAAGGACCCAGAGGUGACAGGGGUCCUAAAGGACCAAAUGGAAAAGAUGGCAGACCUGGAUUUCCUGGGCCAGCCGGUCCUCCUGGCCCCCCUGGUCUUGGUGGAAACUUUGCUGCUCAAUAUGAUGCCGGUAAAGGAGCCGAUCCUGGACCUGGACCUGCUGGUCUGCAAGGACCUAGAGGCCCUGCUGGACCUCCUGGUACCCCUGGACCUCAAGGAUUCCAAGGACAUGCUGGUGAGCCCGGAGAGCCAGGACAGGGUGGACCCGUAGGUGCUCGUGGCCCUCCUGGCCCUCCUGGCAAAAAUGGUGAAGAUGGUAACAAUGGCCGACCUGGAAAACCUGGUGAUAGAGGAACCCCUGGACCUCAGGGUGCCCGUGGUUUCCCCGGAACUCCUGGCCUUCCAGGAAUGAAGGGACACAGAGGUUACAAUGGUCUUGAUGGUCGUAAAGGAGAGCCUGGUGCAGCUGGUUCUAAGGGAGAAAAUGGUGCUCCUGGAGGAAAUGGAACCCCUGGACAGAGAGGUGGUCGUGGUCUUUCUGGUGAGAGAGGUCGUGCUGGCCCAGCUGGUCCAGCUGGUGCCCGCGGUGCUGAUGGCAACACUGGUCCUUCUGGCCCUGCUGGUCCCUUGGGAUCAGCUGGUCCUCCCGGUUUUCCCGGUUCCCCUGGACCUAAGGGAGAGAUUGGAGCUGCUGGUGCCUCUGGCCCAUCUGGACCUCAGGGACAAAGAGGAGAGCCAGGUCAAAAUGGUGCCGUUGGCCCUGCCGGACCCCUUGGUAAUCCUGGUGUUAAUGGUAUCAAUGGUGCUAAGGGAGCAGCUGGUGCACCAGGAAUUGGUGGCGCCCCUGGUUUCCAGGGCCCUAGAGGAGGACCUGGGCCCCAGGGACCUUCUGGAGCCUCUGGCCCUAGAGGUCUUGCUGGUGACCCCGGCCCUGUUGGAGUGAAGGGAGAUUCUGGUGUUAAGGGUGAGCCUGGUAUGGUGGGUCCUUCUGGUGCUCCUGGUCCUGCUGGUGAGGAGGGCAAGAGAGGCCAAACUGGUGAGCAGGGAUCUACUGGACCUGCCGGUCUGCGUGGACAAAGAGGAGCUGCUGGUACCCGUGGUCUUCCUGGCGUGGCUGGAAGAUCAGGACCAAUGGGCAUGCCUGGAGCCCGUGGUGCCACUGGUAGCACCGGAGCUCGUGGACCUGCAGGAGAUGCUGGUCGUGCUGGUGAGCCUGGUCUUACUGGAGCUAGAGGUCUCCCUGGAAGCCCUGGCAGUUCUGGACCCCCUGGAAAGGAAGGGCCUGUUGGUACCUCUGGUCAAGAUGGCCGCACUGGCCCCCCUGGCCCAACUGGGCCAAGAGGUCAGCCUGGUAACAUUGGAUUCCCUGGUCCUAAGGGACCUGGUGGUGAGGCUGGGAAAGCAGGUGAGAAAGGACCUUCUGGGCCUGCUGGACUGAGAGGUCUCCCUGGAUCUGAUGGUAACAACGGCCCUAGUGGUCCUGUUGGACUUGUUGGUUCCACCGGUGAGAAAGGAGAACAGGGUCCCUCUGGUGCUCCUGGUUUCCAGGGUAUACCUGGCCCCGCAGGAAUUGUUGGUGAGGCUGGCAAGCCCGGAGAAAGAGGUAUCCCUGGAGAUCAAGGUGCAUCAGGACCUGCUGGUGUGAAGGGAGAGCGUGGUACCCCCGGACUCACCGGAGGUGCUGGUUCUCAGGGACCCAUCGGUAACCGUGGCCCAGCUGGUGCUCCUGGCCCUGAUGGAAACAAGGGAGAGCCUGGUGCUGUUGGAAUGGCUGGUUCCCCUGGACACCAGGGAGCAGCUGGUAUGCCUGGUGAGCGUGGUGCUGCCGGCACUCCUGGAUCUAAGGGUGAGAAGGGUGAAGGUGGAUAUAGAGGACUGGAGGGCAAUAUGGGAAGAGAUGGUGCCCGUGGUGCUCCUGGACCCAGUGGACCCCCUGGACCUGCUGGUGCUAAUGGUGACAAGGGUGAGACUGGCUCCUUCGGUCCUCCUGGACCUCCUGGUGCUCGUGGUACUCCUGGAGAGCGUGGUGAGUCUGGGCCUGCUGGACCUUCCGGUUUUGCUGGACCACCUGGUGCUGAUGGCCAGACCGGACAAAGAGGUGAGAAAGGUCCUGCUGGUGGAAAAGGUGACAUUGGACCUGCCGGCCUUUCUGGUCCUGUUGGCAAUUCUGGACCUCCCGGCCCUACUGGCCUUGCUGGCUCACCUGGUGCCCGUGGUGACAACGGCCCAUCUGGUCUGACUGGUUUCCCUGGUUCUGCUGGCAGAGUUGGACCACCUGGCCCUGCUGGUAUUGUUGGACCUUCUGGUCUCACUGGUCCUCCUGGAAAAGAUGGCCCCCGUGGACUUCGUGGUGAUGUCGGCCCUGCUGGUCCCCCUGGAGAGAACGGAAUGGUUGGACCUCCUGGCCUUUCUGGUGAGAAGGGACCCUCUGGAGAGACCGGUGUAGCUGGAGCACCUGGAACUGCUGGGCCUCAGGGUCAGCUGGGAACUCUUGGAUUCAAUGGACUUCCUGGUGCUAGAGGUGACCGUGGUCUUCCUGGUGCCCCCGGUGGUGUUGGUGAGCCUGGUAGACUUGGCCCUGCUGGUGCCCCUGGUGCGCGUGGCCCUGCUGGCAACAUCGGCAUGCCCGGUAUGACUGGACCUCAGGGUGAAGCUGGACGUGAGGGAAGCCCUGGUAAUGAUGGACCUCCUGGCCGUCCUGGUGCUGCUGGCCUAAAGGGUGACCGUGGUGAGCCUGGUUCCCCCGGACCCGCUGGAAUUUCUGGAAACCCUGGACCCCUUGGACCAUCAGGCUCUGUUGGCAGACCCGGAAACCGUGGUGAAUCUGGACCCUCAGGUUCUUCUGGACCCGUUGGACCUGCUGGAGCAAGAGGUGCACCUGGACCUGCUGGCUCUCGUGGUGAGAAGGGUGUUGCAGGAGAAAAAGGAGAAAGGGGCAUGAAGGGACUUCGUGGGCAUCCUGGUCUGCAGGGAAUGCCCGGACCCAACGGUCCUUCCGGUGACUCUGGCCCUGCUGGUAUUUCUGGUCCUGCUGGUCCAAGAGGCCCAGCUGGUCCCAACGGCCCCCCUGGUAAGGAUGGUUCAAGUGGCAUGCCUGGUCCUAUUGGACCCUCUGGACACCGUGGUCCUGCCGGACAUGUUGGACCUGUUGGUCCUCCUGGAACUCCUGGUCUUCCCGGACCCGCUGGCCCAGCUGGUGGUGGAUAUGACACCUCUGGUGGCUAUGAUGAGUACAGAGCUGACCAGGCCUCUCUCAGGCCCAAGGACUAUGAGGUGGAUGCCACCAUCAAGUCUUUGAACACUCAGAUUGACAAUCUGCUCACUCCUGAGGGAUCCAAGAAGAACCCUGCCCGUACCUGCCGUGACAUCAGACUCACCCACCCAGAUUGGAGCAGCGGCUUCUACUGGAUCGACCCCAACCAGGGCAGCACCAUGGAUGCCAUCAAGGCCUACUGUGACUUCACCACCGGCCACACCUGUAUCUACCCCCACCCCGAGAGCAUCCCACGCAAGAAUUGGUACAAAAGCUCCCAGGAGAAGAAACACGUUUGGUUUGGCGAGACCAUCAAUGGUGGAACUGAGUUUGGCUACAAUGACGAGACCCUUAGCCCACAGUCCAUGGCUACUCAGCUGGCUUUCAUGCGUCUGCUGGCCAACCAGGCAGUCCAGAACAUCACCUACCACUGCAAGAACAGCAUUGCCUACAUGGAUGCUGAGAAUGGAAACCUGAAGAAGGCUGUGUUGCUGCAGGGCUCCAACGAUGUCGAGCUCAGGGCAGAGGGCAACAGCCGAUUUACUUUCAGCGUCCUGGAGGAUGGAUGCAGUAAACGAACUGGCCAGUGGAGCAAGACAGUCAUUGAAUACAGAACAAAUAAACCAUCUCGUCUUCCCAUCCUCGACAUUGCACCUUUGGACAUUGGUGGCGCAGAUCAAGAAUUUGGUUUGGACAUUGGCCCAGUCUGUUUCAAAUAAAUAGACUCAUGAUAAAUGAAACGAGAGAAAGAAAGAAAAAAUCUCUGCCCUUCUUUCUGUGUUUUUUUAUACUGAAUGCUGAUUUUUCUGCAAAUCCACUUGCUUAAGCUGGGCUCUAUCGGAGAGGACCAAUGGACUAAAAGCAGCAUUGCGCAAUGCAAAUUAAUACAGCAGCCCAAAGAGACUCGGGAAAACACCAUGUUAUGGGACAUGUCAUCAUUUUGUAAAAAUAAAAGAAGUGUAAUAAAAACAAUGAAAGUAUACAUCACUUUGUGGUCUUUGUAUAUCUUCCAAAGAGGAAGUUUAAAACCACAAUCUCCGUAAGGUUUAAACUACCUCAUGUGUAAACGAAAAUAAUAACCAACAUCGUAAAUGUCACUAGUUGAUACCAAGGCUUCAAGUUCUGUCCUGUUGUAAAGGUGCUCCGAUACUUGCCGCAGUGAUAUUAUAUGGUGCUAAACAUGAAGCUGUUGAGAAAACCACUUUACUGUAUUACUUUGUAUUGUCUCUGAGGAAAAUUGCACAGGUCCCCCUGAUAACCCCAUUUUUAAGCAGGUGGAGUUUUCCUAAACCUGAUGUUUGUCUGGUUUUCACCUUUUGUUUUGUUUGUUUUCUCUGAGUUUUGUUUUUGUUUGGUUUUGUUCAGACAUUACAUUCUUUUACGUCCCCAGUGUUAAUAAUAACAGCAAAGUUCAUCCAUUUUAAAGGGUUGCAGAGGCCUCUUUCAAAACAAACCACAAAGUUUAUUGUACCUAUUUUGUAUAUGUGAGAUGUUUAAAUAAAUUGUGAAAAGUUCUGAAAAUAAAGCAUGUCCAAUGUUCCAAAACACAUUA